CGUGUUAUGGUGCGAAAUUCAUUUUGAUCCUCGGAUAUAUAAAAUGUAUUGUAUAUCAAUGUAACACGUUUUCUAAUUUAAUGUUAGAUAAAAAGAAAUGUAGCCUGUCUGUCCAAAUAAUUAUUUUGGGCCCCAAGAAGAGUAGAGUUGGUUGGGGAAUGUUCAAGACUGUAAACACAUGACGUCCCAUGAACGCGCUGCUUAGUUUUUGGCAGCUCAGAUCAAAAAUCAACAAUGAUAGUGACGCGUUGCUGUCUACCAACAUUUUGCAAUAUUGAUUAGUUUAAUGGCUUUUUAGUUACUGUUUUUGUCUCAUUAAUUCGUUUAUUUAGAAAUGACAAGUCACUGACGAACAGAUAUAGUUUUUUAUUACUUGUUAGCUAGCAAUGGCUAUCGAAACCUCUAAGUUUAGCUAGUUAACGUUAGCUAGCGUUAACAAUCCAACGUAAACAAUGCGACGUUGCUUAAAAAAUGAAACCGCUCUAACGUCAGUUUAAGUGUUUUGAUCGCAAUUGUUGAGACCUCAACAUGUAUUCACAAUAAUGGCCGUUUUAAACUCUAAAGUAUUAUGUAAAUUAUUGAUUUUUAGUGUAACUAUUAUUGCUUUGAGUCAGUCGACAAGGCUGAAUGUUCCCAAGUUACUUUUGCCCAGAUCAAAUCAUAAUUAUGUCAACUUCACGUUGACAGCAGAGAAGGGAUGCUAUAAAUGGGUGUCCUCCCGACCCCAGUCAGUCGUUGUUUGGCCCCUCUCUCCUUCCAUCCCUCCCUCCAUCCUCCCUCCAUCAGCCUGUAGCCAGCAGGUUCUAGUGUCCGCCCGGCCUCUGUCCGCUCCACUGGACACUAACCGAGGGGCCAGCAUCAUACGGGGACAGGACUCUGUGACUGGCCAUACCCUGCGCUGUGAUGUCAUUAUUGACCAGAUCAAGCAGAUUCAGGUUGUCACGACGACGCGUCAACUGUUCACCGAGGACCCACCCCUCGUGCUCUCCGUCAUGGCACUGGACUCAGGAGGCAACACAUUCAGUAGUCUGGCAGGUCUACAGUUUGAGUGGAGGCUAGUAAAGGACUCAGAGACAGCAGAGAUUGUUAGGUUUGUGCGUUUCUCAGAGGCGGGCUACUCCCCGGCCCAUCACAUCCUGUCCCUGGAGGAAGCAGGUCAGAAAGGGGACAGUGUGUUGCUGGAGGGGGUCCGUAGCGGUGUGGUACGGGUCAGGGCCUCCCUCUCGCACCCAGACUACAAGUGGGUAGAGCCGGCCUCUGUGAGCCUGACCGUGACAGACAGACUCUACCUUAGCCCCUCCCAUGAUGCCUACCUGCUGCUAGGCUCCAUGCUCUCCUUCAGAGUCUGGAAAAGCGUGCAUGACACAGAAAUGGAGGUGCUGCUGGGUGAGGGAGGGUAUGAGUUGUCUGUAGAGAGAGACCCAAAUAACGAUGAUGAUGUCAUCACUGUGGACCAGGACACAGGGACCGUCACCGCCCGAGGGCUAGGCCGCACCACGCUGUCCGUCACACACCCCAGCCUACCAGAAAACUCUGCUUCCCACCUGCCUCGCUGUUCUGUGUUUGUGGUGGAGCCAAAUUACCUGACGCUAGGUGUGGAGGAGGAGGACAGGUGGGUGUUGGAGAGUGGUCGUCAGUACCAGGUGACUGUACGAGUUCACGACCAGGAGGGUCACACAGCACACCUGGCACAGAAUGUGGUGAUGACUGUGGACUUCUCUGAUUGGCUGUUCUAUAUCCUGGAGACUUCCUCUAACAGUUCCUACCAUGUACUGGAAACACGAGGGGCUGGGCACACUACUAUACGAGCUGCACUGUUCACUGUGCUCACUGAGGAUGGCCGCGCGUUGCCCCUGAUACCACCAAUCAGAGCAGAGCAAGAAGUCGAGAUCUACGAGCCCCUCACCCUGCAGCCCCGCCUACUAGUGUUUCCUUGGCAACCUGAGGGACAGCUCUAUCAGCACCACUUGCAGGUAGAGGGUGGCAGUGGUGCUGUGAGCUGGUCGGUGAGUGACAGUGAUGUUGCCGUGAUGACAGUGAAAGGGGAAGUCAUGGCGGGAAAGAGAAGGGGCCAAGUGGAUAUCCAGGCAUCAGACGCACGCAACCCUCUACACACCGCUACUGGACAGGUGUAUGUGUUGAGGCCAGCUGGUGUGGAUGUCCUGGCCCAGAGAGGUGACUGUAGGGUGGGAGAGACCAUCACCCUUCCCCUGGCUGUCUGGGGGGUCCAGGAGGAGGAGACCCAGGCCCAGGACCCUCCCCAGGGAAGCUCUGGCCCCCAGACCCUGCUGGAGGUGACAGACUGCUCUCUCAUCAACCUCCACGUCACCACGUCACCACAGGGGGUAUUCACCCCUCUACCAGGUACACACACACACACACACAGUGUGGCUCUGCUCUCUAUGUGCGUAGCUAAGGUAAGCUGUGAAAGCAGAAAUACUGUCACAUACACUGUCACAUACACACACACACCAGCACGCAUGCAUGCACACACACUCUUGUAAACACACACAGUUUACAACACACACACUCUUGUAAACACACACAGAGGAGAAACACAGAAGUCAUUUGUAAGUUCAAUUCGUUUUACUGGAUAUUAGCUGAUCAAUAUCACUCUUCCUGUGAUUAAGUGUGUAUGUUUUAAUUAUUGAGAUGGAAUCUCAGUGCUCUUAACGGUGUGCUGAUGUGGGUCAGGUCCUCUCUCUCCUUAUUGAGUAGAGGACCUGGAGGAGUGGACACCUGAUUCACUGCAGGCCAGAGAGACAUACAGAAAGACACACAGACAGAGAGAGACAGAGAGACACACACAGAGCGAGAGAGACACACAC